AUGGCAAGCCGCAAGGUCGCCGUCAUCGGUGGAGGCCCCGCCGGCCUGGCGGCCUGCCGCUCCUUGGUGCGCUUUGGGCAUCGGCCCGUGGUCUUCGAAGCGGCUGAGGAGGUGGGUGGCAUUUGGGCGGAGAAGCCCAUGAACGAGGUGGUCUACAAGGGAUUGGUGACCAACAUCCCGACCAUGUGUAUGCAAUCUUUUGAUCUGGGUUUUUCAGCGAAAAGCUCUUAUGUGACAGGCCCUGAGUUAGGGUCCUAUUUCAUCGACUAUGCCGAGCACUUCAAGCUUCGCCAGUUCAUUCGAUUUCAGUCGCGCGUGGAGAAGGUGGAACGGCAGGAGAAGGACGACGAGUCAUGGCAGGUGUCCUGGACCUCCACAGAUGGCUCCCAAGCGGAGGACUUCGAUGCCGUUUGUGUCGCCAGCGGCCACUAUGAGUUUCCCUAUUGCCCCGAGCUCCCCGGGCAGAAGGAGUGGCUGGCGGCCUCCAGCGAGCGGAAAAUCCUGCAUGCGCUGUCGUACAAUGAUCCAGAGGAUUUCAACGGCCGAUCGGUGCUGAUCGUUGGAGGUCGCUCCUCUGCGGUGGACAUUGCAAGAGAGCUCCGAAGCCGCGCGGGUUCGCUCUAUGUCUUAGAAAGCGGAUGCCGAGAGGUGACCUGUGAGGAUCACUGUUCUUGGCUUCCCUUAGGUUCCAGCCUCACACCAGAGGGUCGGAUCUUAGCGGCCACCGGCGAGCUGGUGUCGGGCGAGCCGGUGGACACGGUGAUUUUGGCCACGGGCUAUACGUAUCGAUUUCCGUUUCUGGAUGAGACCGCCUUAAACAUGGAGUUUGGCCCCGUGAGGAGAUAUGUCAAGCCCUUGUACCAGCACAUCAUCCACGCGGACUACGACACCCUUUGCUUCUUGGGAAUUCCCCUGGCGGUGCCUUCGCCGUUGCCCUUGUUCGAGGCGCAGGCCUACUUCGCGGCCUCGCAUUUGCGCGAAGCCUUCACGAGCCGAAAGCAGCGGCAGGAGUGGGUGCAGCAGGCGUGUGCCAAUGCUGCCCGGAGCCAGGAUCUUCACUUUAUCUCGGGCUACGCCUGGGACCAUAUGCGGCUUCUCAUGAGAGAAGCUGGCAUGGCUGACUCAGACUAUUCCCAAUAUGACCGACGAUUGAAAGUGGUUCAGGCCAUCUACCAGGAUCGAGUGGAUCGAAAGCCUCGGAUGCCCUGGGACGAUGAUGCCUAUCGCCGCUGUCAGUACCAGGUUGAUUAUGAGUCGGGCAGAUGGUCUGUGACACUCCCAGAUGGAACUGUCGAAGACCGAGAAGCCAAACUCUGA